ACUCACUAAUCUCUUUCUUUUCAUAUCUCUCCGUUCUGUAAAGUAAAGCAUCGAUCUCCCUCUCUCAGCCACCAUGAGUUUCCACCCAAAUACUUCUCUUCACUUGAAUAUCCCAGACGACAAUAAUGCUCCAUUACUGAAUCUGAAUCUUCUUCUUGAACCUUCCUCUUCUUCUGCUUCUUCAUGUUCAAUUACAGCUUCCAAUUCCAAGGAGCCCAGGAUUUUCUCUUGCAAUUAUUGCCAGAAAAAAUUCUACAGCUCUCAAGCUCUAGGAGGUCACCAAAACGCUCACAAGCUUGAACGCACCCUAGCCAAGAAAAGCAGAGAGCUACUAAGCAGUUCGAUUUCUUCCAUGGAACCUUAUCACAAUAACAGUGGUGGAUCGGCAGGAUCGGACCACCAGCACCACUUGAGCUUCAAUGCAUCGAACCAUCUUAGCAAUUGGGUCAGGUCGUCGCAGGAGGCGCUGGGCGUGUUCGUGAACCAAGGUCACGGCGGAAGGACGACGAGAGAUUUUAGCUAUGGUUCCAAGGAAAUUGUUCAGGAGGAUAUUAGCCAGCUUGACCUCUCAUUAAGGCUGUAAUGAAGUUCAUGAUAUGUGGGAAAAGCGCUAUUGAUGAUGAUGAUGUGUGUUACCUUUAUUAUGGUUAGUACUUACUUGGCUUGUUUGUUUCUAUAUUGUAAGCACAUAUGGGAGAAUUUUAUGUAUUAUUGAAACAUAUAUAAGAGACAUAUU